AUGUAUCAACGAAAUCUUAAUCGAGUCCAAAAUAACCAAUAUAAUUUCUUAAAACCAAAACAAUUUGAACUAAACAUUAACUACCGCUCCCACAACGGGAUUCUUAGACUUGCUUCGCCAGUAAUCGAUCUCAUCCAGAAAUUCUUCCCUGAUUCAAUUGAUCAACUAUCACCAGAAUUCGGUGAGAUUGACGGUCCACAACCUCUCAUCGUCGAGAAUUGUAAUGCCGAAACCUUUUUUACCACUUGUAUUAAUGACAAAGAGGAAGAUGAUACCCAUAUCGAGUUUAGAGCUAGCCAGGUUGUUAUUGUACGUGAUGAAAAAGCCAAAGAACGUGUGAACAAAAUAAAUAAACAUAUUAGACCGGUAUUUACUGUAUUCGACGCUAAAGGUUUGGAGUUCAAUGAUGUGAUAUUGUAUAAUUUCUUUACUGACUCACCCGCAGGUUCCAAGACCUUCUCCCAUGAAAAACAUUAUAUCCUUUCUUCGGAACUUAAACAUCUAUAUGUCGCAAUAACCAGAGUCCGAGAGCGUCUCUUGAUUUUUGAUGAAGAUGCCGAAUUGAGCGAGCCAAUCCGAACGUACUGGAAAGAUGUAUUUUGA